AUGUAUCGACAAGAAGCUCUUACUGUUUUUAUUCUCUUCGUUAUUUCAAUAAAUGCAAAUCCUGAUAAAGGAAAAAUAUGUAUGAAGAAUUUAAUAAUCAAUGGAACGAAUUUAAUUACAAAUUAUCGUAAACAAAUACUUGUAAUGGGUAUUACACAUUUGGGUUGUCAAGCUUGUCGAAAUCAAGCGAUUAGAUAUAACGAUCUCUAUCGUGAUCUUGAAUAUCAAAAUAUACGUGAUCCAGAUGUACGUCUGAUUCUUGUUAAUGAACCACAAGCUGCACAAUAUUUACCGGGUAGUUAUUAUGGCAAAAUUCGACUUUUUCAAGAUAAUUAUAACGAUCGUGGCAUAGAAAAAUUAGGUUAUCAUGGACAACGAUUGAAUAAUCUUAUAAUUGGCAGAUGUGGUUAUCUUGUUUAUAGUCAAAGUUAUCCUCAUUCAAAUAUUGAAGAAGAAACCAAUUAUCAACAACUUCUUCGAGUUAUUAUAUCAGUUGUAAAAUUUAAACAACCUUGUCCGACAAUGUGCAGUUAA